ACCAUGGUAGAGGGCACACGCUGAGGGUUAUUUGGAGCGCUCCAAUGGCUUUCCCUUGAAUUCAAUCGACCACAGUGAUUUGUUUUGUUUUUGGGACCUCCGACCCUGAGCUGGAACGUCAUCCUCCCGUGAAUGCUGAAGCACGUCGUGGACCCCCAGAAGCGAGGAAGCGAGGUCCUGACAAUGUGGAUCCCGACCCCCAGCAUGACCGUCCCGCAGCGGAUGGUGCUGUACGGGACCUGCGUGGUGGCGCUGGUCAACUCCGUGGGCCUCCUCGUCCUCGUGGCCCAGCAGAGCCAGCAGCGCGCGCGGCUGGAGCGGACCGAGGCGAGGCUGGCCGAGGUGGAGCAGAGCUCGGUGGUGGAGUUCUUCCGGGAGGUGCCGCGGGGGGCCGCGGGGCUGCGAGCGGGCCCCGGGGACCGCGCGCAACACCAGCAGUACUCCAGGAGCAAGAGGAGCGAGGAGCUGGAGAAGGACCUGCAGCGGGAGCGUCAUCAUGACGAUGGGGGUAAGGGGUCACGGCUGAAGGAGGCCAGCCAGGAGGUCGGAGAGGAGAAGGACGAGCUGAAGCUGGAGCUGAAGCACAAGCACCGACAUGGCCAGCAUCACAGCACACAGGACGACAUGAUGAUGAUGAUGACUUACUCCAUGGUGCCGAUCAAAUUGUUGAUCGACAUCUGCAACAGCACUCAGGGAGUCUGCCUCGCAGGACCGCCGGGACCACCAGGUCUGCCUGGUGCAGACGGCUCGCCAGGCCACAAUGGGACCGAUGGCACUCCAGGACUGAAUGGACUGCCUGGAGCGGAUGGAAAAAGAGGGAAGAAAGGACCUCCGGGUGAGAAAGGAGAACAAGGAGAACAAGGAGAGCCUGGUCCACCCGGAGAGCCAUAUGAACCAUCCAAUGAAGUCAUUGUUGAGGGGCCUCCAGGUCCUCCUGGCCCUCCAGGGCCUCCUGGACCCAUGGGACCUCCUGGGCCUCAAGGGCCUCCAAGGACGAGGCACCACAGAGCUCACCUGCAAACCGCUCAUACUCUGGGACUGUUGCACGCCGUGCCAAACGACGAAACUUUGACCGUGAAACAAGCUGUGAAACUUCACGAAAAGCCGGUUAAGAACGAGUGCCUCAUAAAGUCCCUGAUAAAUCCCAGAAUUGUGGCAAAGAUGGAGAGCACGUUCGGCACGUGGAUGAAAGACACAGCUCACCUGAACGAUGAGAGGAUAUGGGUGGCAGAACACUUCUCAGGUCGCAUGGUGAAGGAGUACCAAAACAUGGCUGCUUUCCAGAACGCCAGCAGCGAGACGGUGGAUGUCAGGAAGUUUUACCAAGGCUGCGGCCACACCGUCCACAACGGCUCGCUCUACUAUCACAUCGCUGGUACUUCUACAAUCGCCAGAUUUGACUUCAGAACCAGGAGGCUUCACACCCUCUACAUAGACAACGCCUUGUUCAACAACCUGUCUUAUCUGCUGACUAACUCCAAGACCUACUUCAAGAUGGCGGCCGACGAAAACGGCCUGUGGCUGAUAUUUGCCUCGGGAGCGGAUGAGAGCAUCAUGGUAGCCCAGCUGGACCAGAAGACCUUCUCCAUCACGUCCUACAUAAACACCACGUACCCCCGCACCAAGGCCGGCAACGCUUUCAUCGCCUGUGGCGUCUUGUACGUCACCGACACCAAGGACGCAAGAGUUACCUUUGCUUUCGAUCUGCUGAAGGGGAAGGCAGUGAACAUGACAUUUGACCUGAGGUCUCCUGGGGGAGUUUUGGCUAUGCUCUCCUACAGCCCGAAGGACAGACACCUGUACGUUUGGGACCAGAGCUACGUCAGGCUCUUUGUGGUCCAUUACAUCUCUGAUGAGUGAUAAUCUCACAGACACAACCAUUACAUCACGCUCCGAAGCAAACCCCGUGUUGAUAAAGUUACACACUGCUAGAUUUAGAGGAAAAAAAAGCUUUAACGUUUACAACAAAUAUAUACAUUAGUCUUCAUUGCCAUGUGGAACAUUUAGUCCGAAUGAGUCUGAACAGAUUUUAAAUAGUUGUUUUUUUUUUCUACAGUAAACUGAAUUUAUAUUGUUUCUGCGUUUGUUGUUGCAUGAGUUGAAAGUGGGAUUUCAAUGUUACUAACAGACUAAACCCUAAUCGCUUGUUUUUUUUUUUAGUUUUGUAUUUUUUUCACUGCACACAUUUUGACAUGACUAUAUCUUUAAUGUUGCAACUUUUAAGUUAGUCUAAGUAAGGCAGUGAAGGCAUCAAAAUCUUUUUAAACACCAAAAAUGACUUGUUUUUCCCAUUACAAGUAAAAAAAAGAAGAAGCUGUGAUAAAUACCUGUUGUUGCAAACUGAACCAAUGAUUUACCUUCUGUAUCUGUUUUUGAUGACAAAUGCAUGGCAAUCAAUCCAUAUUUUGUAGAAAGGUUAUACUCCCCAAUUAUCCAUAUCCAUGGCAGAUUUACAUUUAAACUUAAUUUUACCAACAUAUUACUACAGUUUGUUGUAGUAAUAUGUUUUAAAUUGCUUAUUUACAUGGAAAUAUGUAAAAAAGCAAUUUAAAACAAGAAAUAAAAUAAAAACAAUUUUAAAGCAAAUCUGCCAAGCAUAUGAAUCAUUUUGGCCUUAGCCGCACGUUUGCAUGUUUUCUACCGUUUGUGGUGAAACAGCAUCGGUGCCGACUGAUUACACUACUCAAUAAAAAAACCAAAAAAUAAAAAACUUUUCAAAAGAAAAAGAAAGCAAACCUGAUGAAAUAAAAAUCAUUUAUUCACUUUA